AUGAAAUUUAAAGCAAAGAUUUCAAAAGCAUCAAUACUUUUAAAGACAGUUCAAAAUAUAAUGAAAAUUUAUAAUGAAUGUAUUUGUCAUAUAACACCAGAUAAAUUAAGAUUCAUUAUACAGAGUGAUUUUAAUGAUGGAAUGCAAGUUUUUUGUGAAAUUCAAAGAAGUUUAAUAUUUGAAAACUUUACAAUAGAAUCAUUGAGUGACAAUGAAAUUCAAUUUCAAUUGGAUUUAGAAAGUUUACGUCGUGUAUUACAAUCAGCAACUUCAAAUGGAGUAAGUGAUAUUUUUACAAAUUUAACUAAAGUUAGGGGUGGACCAGUUUUACAUUUUAUAAUAAAGAGUGGUACAAGUGGUACAGUAAUCUUUCAAGAUAUACCAAUUGUUCUUUUAACUGCACAACAAAUGGCACAAAUUAAUGAACCCACAUUACCAGAUCCAUUGGUACAUAUUCUAUUACCAAAUCUAAAGAAUUUACAAAAAGUAAUUGAUAAAAUGAAGAAUAUUUCAGAUUGUUUAAAGAUUAUGAUAGCAAUGAACAAUCGGUUAUCAUUUGAAGUUGAAACUAGUUCUGGUUCAAUCAGUACAUUUUAUAGUGGUUUAGAUCAUCCACAAUUUGGUGAUCAUGUUUUAUCACCAGAUUUACAAGCAACCGUUUGUGUUGAUAUUAAAAAGUUUGCAAAAGUACUCCAUAUACAUCAACUAAAACCUAGUGAAGUUGUUUUAUGUCUUUAUGAACGUUCAAUAAUUGUUCAUGUUGUAUUAACUGAUAUAAUGAUUACUUAUUAUUUACCUGUUUUAAUUAAAAAUUAA